CUCCUCCUCCUCCUCCUCCUCCUCCUCUGAAACCAGCCAGUCUGUGUGUCAGUGCGCUGCGAGCAUCGGGCCAAGUCCAACCGGCGGGACGGCGAGGCGCACACACGGAUGAGAAAGAAAAAAGACGCACGGACGGAGCGCGCUCCUCGGCCCGGGUCCUGCUUCAGGCUCUGCACAGAUGAUGCGCUUCCAGCUGGGUCUGAAGCUCCACCACGCUCUCCUCCCGGUUCUCCUGCUCGCUCCACAAGUUUGACCUGCGCCCGGGCUCGUUUUUCCCUUUCAUCUGCUCGUUCCGCGCUGUUUUCAUAGAUGCUCGGAUUUAUCCUGGACUUCUUGGAUCUUGAUUUUCUAACAGUUUCCAUGAAGAAUCAGUGGAUUUACAGACCUUCUUUACAUUUAUAAGAGAGAGAGAGAGAAGGGGGGGAUUGUAAUGCGCACAGACUGCGUCUGUAUGAGGAUGGAGCUGCGGAUACAAGUGACAUCUUUCUUAUUUUAAACCAUUUUUUCUCCAUUUUCUUGUGGCCUCGUCUCCUUUUUGUGUUUUCAACCAGCUGACAGCAUCAGUGUGGUCAAUCCCGACAUGUUGGGAGGCUGAUAAUCCGGGGAGAAAAGCAGGUAAUGGGGAGAGGAAGCAGCCAAAGAGAACAAGGGAACAUUGUUCGGGAAGAAGACAAUUAGGGCGCACAAAAAAGGGGGCAACAAAAAUCUGCCUUUUUUAUUUUUACAUUUUUUUUUGGAGGUGAUAAAUCGCAUAAAUCAGAUUCUGUGGAGUUCCAUUCCCAACCAGGAGUUUAUGCUGUUUUUAUGCUGCAGAUUCAUGGGAAAGUCAUGGAAUUGAAAUAGGGACGGUGUUUGGUGUUUUGGAGAUCUGGACGCACGGAUUGAGCAAGAGUUUCUUUUAAUUUGCUUUGUGUCGCUUCAGUCCAUCCAGCGUCGCUUCAUUUCGGAUCCAUGUGGUUGUGUGUGGAAGGUUUGGACUUCACUCUCUGACUGGUUUUUCUGCCUGAUCCAUUGUUCCCUCUGAGAGUCCCCUUGCAGAGUGUGCAGCGCCGUGCCCAGGAAAGUCCUGCAGGUUUUUUUUUCCCCCUCUUCUUCUUUUUGUAGAUGGGGCUGCACAUGCUGGGUGUCAGGGUGGAAAUGGCGUGUCGAAGAAGCGGGAAUGGGUUGUGGAUCCUGCUGAUAUUCUUACUGGAUUUACUGGGAACGACAGCCAGCAAUAUGGAACCCAUCUACUGGAAUUCCCUGAACGAGAGGUUUCGGGACGAUAAGGGCUACAUUCUUUACCCUCAGAUCGGGGACCGGCUGGACCUCAUCUGCCCCCCGCUGGACACCGUCCGGUCCACGCCCGACUACGAGUUCUACAAGCUGUACCUGGUGUCGUCGCGGGAGCAGGCGGACCGCUGCGAGGUGAUGGGCGCGCCCAACAUCGUGCUGACGUGCGACGAGCCCACGCGGGAGCGCCGCUUCACCAUCAAGUUCCAGGAGUUCUCCCCGAACCUCUGGGGCCACGAGUUCAAGAGCAUGCACGACUACUACAUCAUCGCCACGUCAGACGGGACACGCCAAGGCCUGGACAGCAUGAGAGGGGGCGUGUGCGCCACGAAAGGCAUGAAGGUGGUCCUGAAAGUCGGACAGAACCCGUACGGACUGGCUCCGAAAAAGGACCCAUCAGCGGGACGCACCACCAACAGAAACCCAGGUGGAAACUCCACCCAGCCCCGAGCGCCUUUCGGGGACGAGGGCGGCGACGAGAACGGGCCGCUGCAGCCGUCGAACAUCGCCCUGAUCGCCGGGGCGGCGGGGGGGUCGGCCUUCCUCCUGCUGGUCACCGCCGUCAUCUGCGUCGUGUGCUACCGGCGGCGGCACGCCAAGCACUCGGACACCCACCACCCCCCGCUGUCGCUCUCCUCCCUCACCAGCCCCAAGCGGGGCGGCGGCGGCGGCAUAUCCAGCUCCAACAACAACGGCUCCGAGCCCAGCGACAUCAUCAUCCCCCUGCGGACGUCGGACUCGGCCUACUGCCCGCACUACGAGAAGGUGAGCGGGGACUACGGGCACCCCGUCUACAUCGUCCAGGAGAUGCCGCCUCAGAGUCCGGCCAACAUUUACUACAAAGUAUGAGACGACCAACGGGACGCCCCAUCUCCCUCCAACUCUCUCCCCCUUUCUCCCAAUGAAGCCACAGAAAGCUUAAUUGCCUCAGUAUUAUUGUCCCUAGGACCCCCCCACCCCCAACAAUUGUGUUGUUAGCUGAAUAACCCCCCCCACAUCGUUUCACACAACAGGGCUAACAAAACCCUCUUAACAAGGCCCUCACGACUGGGCAAGAGGCUCCGAAUGCCCUCCAUCUUGUUAACUUGGCGCCCCACCCGAGUGCCACCAACCCCCCACCUUUAAACGCCAGUGUCCCCCCCACCCCCAAACAUGCACUCUUUUUGUAGACCUGGCGCCCCGGGACGUGUGAUGUUUUCAAAAAGAAAGUAAAAAAAGGGGGGGAUGGGGUGGGUAUGAAAAGACAAAAACAGACUGGACCCACCUCUGAUUUGCAGAGGCCACACCUGCCUUGUUCCA